AUGCCUCGAAGAUUAUCAACUGAGGACUUGCGACGACUACUGGAAGAAAGUGACUAUGAAUUGAGUAACGAUGACACGGAUUCGAACGGCGGCGAUAGCGAUGUACAAGACGAGCUAGAUUCUGAUAUUUCGGAUCAAGAAUCGAGUAUUUUUGCAGAUGACGAUAUCGAUGAUCCGGAUUUUGAACCAGGUGAGAUUUCCCGCUCAAACAUUGUAACCGAUGAUAUUGGUAGUGAUUCACCAGCUGAUAAUUUAUCCGAUAUCGUCAUAAAUUCACCUCGGCCAGAAACGAGCAGAAGGCGGACUGCUGGUGAGAUUAUGCGGCUUACUCUGCAAGAAAUAAAUGAUAUAGAUAGAGAAAAUGGCUGGAGUCAGGACAUCUUACCACUGUCACGUCAACCUUAUAAUAACAGCCCAACUAUUUAUAUCCAAGGUGAACAAUCUGUUGUUUCCAUUUAUCGACGUAUAUUGACCGACGAAGUGUUAGAUCUUAUGGUCACUCAAACAAAUCUGUACGCUUCUCAACUGAAACAGAACGUCAAAAUAUCAAUUCAUAGUCGCAUGAAUCGGUGGACAGACAUUACACGCGAAAAAAUGUUCCAAUUUAUUGCCUUGUACAUGUUGAUGGGUAUUGUGAAAUUUCCGUCGAUUGAGUCGUGUUGGAAAUUAGACUCUAUUUACUACCAUCUAAUAUUUCACAAUGUAAACAUGUCGUAUAAUCGCUUCUCAUCAAUAUUACGUUGCUGGCACUUUGUUGAUAAUGAAGCUCCGAGGGAUCAAAACGAACGUCUGUACAAGAUAAAGCCACUUUUGAACCUUGUUAUCAACAACUGGAAGAACUUACUGACACCUAAUGAAUGUAUCGUCAUUGACGAGUCGAUGAUGCCAUUUAGAGGGCGGAUAUCUUUCCGUCAGUACAACCCAUCAAAAGCUCACAAAUACGGCUUGAAAAUCUAUAAACUUUGCACAGAAGAUGGUUUUGUCUGGAACUAUGGCAUUUACAUAGGUCGCGACCCCGAUAUCGCUGAUUUGGAUAAGCCGGGAAGUGUCGUAGUUCAGUUAUGUGAUGGUCUUCUAGAAGCUGGACGGAUAAUUGUGUGCGACAACUAUUACAAUAUCGUUGGAUUAGCAAAAUAUUUGCUGCAGCACUUAUGCUUUUUCUAUUACUUAAGCUGA